GGAGGAAAAAGAAGAAAACUGAGGGGAAUGAACGCGCGACGAGAGCCGGCCACAGUGCAGAGAUGAAGGAAGUGGGGACCGGAGCGGGGCCAGCGCUCAGUGGAUCUUGUGCCCAGCGCUCGACUGGUGGAGCCCGAAGAGGACGUAGCCGACGUACAGGGCGCCGAGGCCCAGGCCCAUCUUCGAGUUGAGCCUCCAGCCGCUGAGCACGACGACGCCCAUGAACAGGAAGAGCACCAGGAUCAGGAUCAUCACCCAGGUCAGCAGCCUGUUGACCCCGAGGAACACGAUCGGCUUCCCGAUGAUCGAGGAAGACACACGCGAUGAGCCAGGGAAGCCCGAGGCCGAGCAGGAUGUCGAAGAUAUUGGAGCCGAGGGCGUUGGACACCGCCAUGUCCCCCUCGCCGCGGCGCGCAGCGGCCAUGGAGGCGAAGGCGUCGGGGAUCGACGUGCCCGCCGCGAGGAACACCAGGCCCAUAAACAGCGUCGGGAUGCCGGCGAUGCACCCGAAGCGUGUCGCGGAGUCCACCAUCAGGUACGAGAGCACGGCGACGCUUCGGGUGUUGCCAGGGGUGGCGCUGGCCCUGGCUGAAGGUGUUCCCGGUUUUUCGCGCCAGCUUGGCGCCGCUGGGGCCGUCUGGGCCUCGCGAGGGGCGCUCUGGCGGCCGUGGGUGUCUCCCUGCACAUCCCCGGGGGACUCUCGCCCAGGGGCACCUUUGGCAACACCCGAGAUGUUGAGAAGGGAGGCCAAGAAGCAGGCGCAAGGCCUACGAUCCUGAUCAGGCAUAGUGCAGCGCCACAAGACCUCGAUUGGGUCGUAAUAUAAGGCCCCUUGCAUAUCGUCGUCCUCUUCGUCGGCAUCUUCCGGUAUCACAGGAUCCUUCUUCAACAUUUUGCAGAGGCCCUCGUAGAUCGGGAUGUUUCGCAACAUCCAAACACAAUACACGAGAUAAGUCAGGCACAUCACGGACGCCUCCCAGAUCUGUAUAUACUCGUCCCAAAGAAAAGCAGUCAACUCUACGAUCGCAACGAGGUAGAAGAGGCAAUCCCGGGAAAGCGGGUACCACCAUAAGUUCAAGGAGCGCACGGCGAAAAUACCAGAGACGCCGACGACCAACAGGACGUUGUGGAUUGCUGAGCCGAUGAUGUCUCCAAUUCCACACUCGUUCACGAUGAAGACCAGGUGGCAACCACAUUGGUGCAGAACUCUGGGGCGCUGGAGCCGAACGCGAGCAACGUCGCGCCGGCGACGUCGGACGGGAUGUUGAGCACCUUGGCCAAGGCGAUCGUAGAGGGGACGAAGUACACGUCGGAAAUCACCUUCAGGUUCUUGAACGUCCAGGCCAUCAGGAGGCUGGAGAGGAUGAGCCCGAGGGUGCACGGCCGAUCCCACGCCGCACAGGUGCUCCUGUCGCACUCGCCGAAGAGGGCCGUCAGCAGCGAGAAGUGCUCCGGCAUCUUCCCCGCAUAGGAGGCGAUGCGGUCCGGCGCCCACGGGCCGCCGCCCCUGCCGUCCCCGGCGGGGUCGUCCCCGCGCGAGGGGUGCGGACUGUCCGGCGGCGUGUCCGCGAAGCCGUCCGGGGGCGCCCCGCCACUGCCGAGGCCCCCGCCGAAGGCGGCGGGCCCCCGCCCAGGCUCCGCGCGCCGGAGCUGCGGCACGGCCUCCCCGGGCCGGCCGCGUGCGGCCUCUGCGGCGGCGCCGCCUGCUGGGCCGCCCGUCGCGUUUCCGCCGGGGGGGGCGAGCGCGGCUCUUGCCCCCGUGAUGCUCGGAGGCGUCGGGCCAGCUGCAGCUCCGUGGGCCGUGUGCCCUAGGCGGUGCUGCCGGGAGGAG